AUGGAACUCCCUCUCAGACUCCCAGCGGGACUCAUUCAUCUCUACUGUGUCGCGUCUCUUGUUGCGGGCGACGGGCAGCGCAAGCGCCCACCUUUAGACCUCACUGGGGAGGAGGAUGCUGACGACGGUAGGGUCCCAUCUCUUGUUUUGCCAGUCCUCCCCCGCUUCCCAGGUCUCGAUCGUGCUGCUAUUAUUGCCGUUUUCGAGCACACCUUCCGACCAAAGAAGGACCUCAUAAAACUCCGUAGCCCUGAGUUCAAGGCCUCGGCACCGGAUGAAUUCCGCAAGGUAGUCUCAAUCAAGGACUGGGGAAAUGACGUUUCCCUCUGGGCCCAUUGCUUCAGCAAUUACAUCGCUGUCUGGUGUGAUUUCUUCGCUGCUAAGCACCCGUUAUGCAUCAGUGGAAUGGUCCUCUUUCACCGCCGCAUUUGUGACCUUGCCAGGGCAUAUAAAUGGCAGGAUUGUAUCCUGCAGAUGGCCUUGGACCACCACCAGAUGGUCGUCGAUAAAGGCGACCUUACCGUUUCUCUCAGUGACCGGGAAAUUGGGAAAGCCCUCGAGAGCUCCUACCUUCGCCCGGACAACGUGCUCCCAGCAAAGUCGACGCCGGCUUCCCCAACCACGCGCUCAACGCGCUCUACCGCUGCCCCAAAUAACGAUACUGUCGUUUGUGAAAAGUUCAACUCUUCUGCUGGCUGCCACUGGCGAACGUGUCACCGAAGACACGUCUGCUCUAAGUGUGGCAUGUGGCAACGACCAUUCUAUAGUAAGCUGCAAAGUGAAACCAGUGAGUUAGGAACACGCCGGGGUCGGCCCUGGUAUAGGUCAAAUCCUGUCGCCGCCAACUAG